CAUAUAGUUUCAUAUAUGCUUUCUCUGAUCUUUCCUGUUUGUUGUCUGCAGGUGGUCUUUGGAAGGAAGCUUGCAUCCUUUUCAACAAUACCAAUUAACCAGCUGCAACAUGAGAAGAAAUAUGACAUCUAUUUUGCUGAUGGAAAAGUUUUUGCACUGUAUAGGCAGCUACUGCAGCAUGAAUGCCCUCUGUGUGCAGAGACGCGGCCGUUCAGCACCAUUGUGGAUUUGGAACAGCACAUGAGAAAACAGCAUGAGCUCUUCUGCUGUAAACUGUGUGUUAAACUCUUUAAGAUCUUUACGUCUGAACGUAAGUGGUAUUCCCGCAAAGACCUCGCUCGACAUCGAAUACACGGGGACCCAGACGACACAUCUCAUCGCGGGCAUCCUCUUUGUAAAUUCUGCGAUGAGCGUUACUUAGACAACGAUGAGUUACUGAAACACUUGAGACGUGAUCACUAUUUCUGCCACUUUUGUGAUUCAGAUGGUGCUCAGGAAUAUUACAGCGAUUACGAAUACCUUCGCGAACACUUCCGGGAGAAGCAUUUCCUUUGUGAAGAGGGACAGUGCAAUACAGAGCAGUUCACACAUGCUUUCCGCACAGAAAUAGAUUACAAGGCCCACAAAACAGCCUGCCACAGCAAGAACAGGGCUGAGGCCAGACAGAACCGGCAGAUAGAUCUUCAGUUCAACUAUGCCCCUAGGCACCAACGGAGGAAUGAGGGUGUCGUAGGUGGAGAGGACUAUGAAGAAAUCGACAGAUAUAACAGGCAAGGCCGAGGCGGGAGAUCAGGACUCCGAGGAGGGCAGCAAAACAGAAGAGGGAGCUGGAGAUAUAAGAGGGAAGAAGAAGACCGAGAUGUUGCAGCAGCAGUCAGGGCAUCAAUGGCAGCAAAACGGCAAGAAGAAAAGAAACAAGUAGAGGAUAAAGAAGAUGUCAGUCGAGGUAAAAAAGAAGAAUCAAAGGACUCAGAAGUGUCCAACACUAAGCGAGUGCCAAAGCCUUCAAAUGAAGCCACAGUUCCCAAAGAAGCAGCUGCUAAUGGUGCUUUAAGCCAAGAUGACUUUCCAGCGAUUGGUUCAGCCGCAGGACCUCUGCUGCGGUUGGCUCAGCCAGCAGCUGUCAAGCUGAAGGAAGAAGACUUCCCGAGCCUUUCCUCUGCCGCACCCACCCUCGCUUCUGGGGCGUCUUUAACGUACACGGUUGCGGCCAAGAAAACAGCCUUUCAAGAGGAGGAUUUUCCAGCUCUGGUGUCCAGAAUGAGGCCUAAUGCUAAAACGGUGACGAACCUCACGUCUGCAUGGAGCAAUGGCUCCAAUAAAACCGCAGUGAAAGCUGUCCCUUCCCUCAGCUCCGGUUCAAGCCAGCUAGCCAAAAAACCAGCUCCCUCGAAGAGCAGUAAAGGGAGCAGGAAGAGCAGUAAACUCUCCCCCUCCGAUGACGAAGACGGUGGCAGUGGCUUGACAACCCAGGAGAUCAGAAAUACGCCGACGAUGUUUGACGUCUCCUCCUUGCUGGCAGCUUCCACCUUACAGACUUUCACUAAAGUGAGCAAGAAAAAGAAGAUGGGCGUCGAGAAGCAACGAGCGUCAUCCCCUCAGCUGGAGGAGACCUUGUCUCCCACAGCAACUUCGGAACAACUGGCGGAAGCUGAGCAGACUCCAUGUGUGCCUGCAAAUCUGCAGCUGCCUGACGCAACCACAGAUGUCGUGAACGGGCACUUGGAAAAACCAGUAGCAAUCUGUAGUGCAUCCAAAGAGCCCCCUGGCCUUAAAAAGCCACCAGUGACUAACCAGUGUCCGUUAUCUCAGGAAGACUUCCCAGCACUCGGGAAUUUGGGACCAUCUAGAUUGCCACCACCAGGGUUUAACUCCGUGGCACUAUUGAAGAAUCCCCCUCCGCCCCCAGGGCUGCCAGCGCCUGUUAGUAAACCACCUCCGGGUUUUACUGUUGUUCCAUCCACCAGUGUCUCUGACCCUGUCACUGCAUCGCCCAAUGAGUGCUAUUUUAAUCCAGGGUUUAACUCCGUGGCACUAUUGAAGAAUCCCCCUCCGCCCCCAGGGCUGCCAGCGCCUGUUAGUAAACCACCUCCGGGUUUUACUGUUGUUCCAUCCACCAGUGUCUCUGACCCUGUCACUGCAUCGCCCAAUGAGCCAAAACCCUGUCGAGGAGCUUAUUUGGUGCCUGACAAUUUCCAGCAGAGGAACAUUCAGUUAAUACAGUCUAUAAAGGAAUUUCUUCAAAGCGAUGAAUCCAGAUUCAAUAAAUUUAAAACUCAUUCUGGACAGUUCAGACAGGGGCUCAUUUCUGCGGCGCAGUAUUACCAAAGCUGCCGAGAACUACUUGGAGAGAACUUCAUGAAAAUCUUUAAUGAGUUGUUGGUGCUGUUGCCAGACGCAGCUAAGCAGCAAGAGCUGCUUUCUGCUCACAAUGACUUCAAAGUCAAGGAGAAACAAGGCCCCAUCAAACCCAAAAAGAACAAGAAGAAUGUCUGGCAAAUGGACUCUUCUGAGCUGGACUGCAGCAUCUGUCCGACCUGUCAGCAAGUGCUGAUGCCGCAGGACCUAGCCUCCCACAAAGCUUUGCAUAUUGAGGAUGAAGAAUUCCCUUCCUUACAAGCAAUCAGCAGAAUCAUCAGUUAGCUCCCACGAAGACCAAUAAACCAGGCUCACUCUUAAAUGUGCACUUUUUGGAACAAGGUUUGACAGUGUCGUGCGGCCAGCUGUGCAGGCCAGUUGGGUAGUCGUAUGCGGGUUAGCAUGGGAGGCUGUUCAGUGCAGCCCGGCUUGAAAGUGCUGUAUGAAGAGAUCAUUGGACUAGCACCUGUAUCUAAUUAACACCCACAAUGUUAGCUUCCCGAACACCUCAUUAGAAACAGGCUAAUGCUGCAGGUCUGUCAGGCAAACGGCCACUUUCUACCAUGCAAGACACUACAGCGAACCAGUGGAAAUGUAUCCUUGCUAUUGGCGGUAACAGCGCUAUAGUUCAUAUUCUGGUUACAGCUGAUACGCUCUCUUUUUGGCCACAAAGAGUGAGGGAGGUAACUGGGGCAGAGUAAGGGAGAGAGAUGGAAGCUGCUACUUUGGUGAAUAAGACCAUUAAAACGUAUGCUACAAACACCUGGCUAUUUAUAAGCAAAGAAUAUUCCUAGUUGAAAGCUGAAAUAAUGAUUCUACUUGAAUUGGACUGAUCCUUCUCUGAUUAGUUAAACCUGCGAGUUGAAGUUGCCUCUGACCUUCUAUGUAAUUGUGUUCUUCGAAGAAACUUCCUUUGCAGUAUGGCAUGGAGACCAGUAGUGUUCAAAGCUUUAUGCUUUGCAAAGGGCAUUUUGUUCCCCAUCAUUUUACUUAACUGCCAGGUUUGAUUUCUUGGGUGCGUUAAUGGCGUUAGCGCCAAACAAACAGCGUAGUGGGACAUGAAAUGCUGCUGGUCGCUGACCAGUCUGUUGUUCUGCAGUGCCUUUAAGUGCAUGUAUCUGUUUACAGUGGUCUGCACUGCCGAGGAUAAGCUGUUCAGAAUUGUAGGAGUGUGUUACUUCCUAGGACUCCCUGGGUGACAACGGUCUGGAGGUUGCAUCCAUCAGUCCCAACUCUAGGGUCUGGGGAGGGUCUGUUAAUCAUCUGAAGCAGCUUUAAUACCAAGGGCGUGUCAAACUUUCCUGCCGUGCAUGUUCCAAGCUGUAGCUUGGGGUCACGGUAGACCCCAUUUCAUUUUUAACACACAAGAAUAGAAAUUAAUUUGAAUUUCUUUAAGACCCUGCUUUUAUUUAAGCAGCACUUUUAUGAAACUGAGUCUGAGCUGUUGAAGCAUUAGUCUUGGCUACAGAAAUGAAUGAUCUUUUCCUUCUCAUUUAUUAUUGAUUUUGCUUGAUGCCAGAGGGCACUAUCUGUGCUUUAUUUCUUUUCAAAUAACUCAGGGUAUCUUUGAAUACCUGAUCUUGUACCAUUCUUCACAGGGCCAGGCUAUAUCCCCUGAAACAAGGGAGGAAAAAUGAUUUUUCUAAGGGGUAUAUCUUGUUGCAUGAUUGUGUAUAUUAUGCAUGUAUACAUAGCAAAGGGUAAUGUUUUCAAAUGAUUAUUCCUAAGUUUCAAAUCUCUAUUUCCCAUGCAAUAGAAUUUGGCAUUUUUACAUUGGUCAUGCUAUCACAAUUAAAAAGUACUUCUACUAUGAAAGCACUUACAUGCUUAUCUGUUCUGAUGUUAACUGCCCAUGAUACUUGUAAGCGAUUGACCUGUGUAUGUAAACUGCCUUCUCCAUGCCUCUUCAUUUGGUUUGUGACAUUCAGAGGUGAUGAAAUGCGUAUUCUUUGAAGGAGCAUCUUCUGUCUUUCCUUUAUUUUCAGUUAGUUUCUUCUGUGUUAGCAAACAGUUACAUAGUCCCCACUUAGGGGCGUGAGAACUUGAAGCGCUACUGCGAGUUUCCUUGGAGUGACCCAUGGAUCUGCUGAUGCAGGUUCAUUGUUUCCAUGUGCUCACAUGAUUAAAUAAAGUAUUAUUGGAGUUUUUGGGCCAAGUCUACUCAUUUUUAAAUCUUUAUUGAAAAUAAGUUGCAGUUGGUACACGGACACCGAAAAUACAUAAUCACAGAUUGUUCUUUCAAAAGAUCAAUACAAAAAUUGUAAACAUUUUUAUUUACUCCCAGACAUAGUCCACUCUAUACUACAAUGCACGUAAGAUUACUGACAACUGCAACUCUUUGAAGCGGUCUGCUUGUAAAGAGGUAUCUGCAAAAAAUUAAAUUCGCAAACCACAUUUGGUAUCAGUUCAAUAAUAAAAACGAUUAAAGAAUCUGAGGUUAAAUGCAUAUUGCAACAAAAUACAGGCAGCUAAAUUUGGGCUUCAAGUUGGUGCAUUAAAAGGCCAUCUUUUAAGCCUUGUGGUAAGGGGUUUUGUGACACGGAAGGCUCCAAGAAGCACUGUUUGUUAAAGUACCAUGAAUACAGAUAUACCGGAAAUGGGCUAACGGGCUUCCCACACACACGCUGUAGAAAAAAGGCCAAAAAGUGAGUUUGCAAAAUGUAAGGUGGCUCUAUAGAAAAGAAAUAUCGAUGCCGCAGAAAUGACUGAGUGAUCAGUGCUGCCCUGCUACGGAGGGGGAUGACUACAGUUCAUCUACACGCUGCAGGUGGGAUCCAGGCAAACUUUAAAAACUAAACCAUACUCUGCACGCACUAACAUUUUGAUCUGUGGUGGGAGACGAGGGAGGGUGAAUUACAGGGAAUGCAGACCGGAGGAAAAACAGGAAAAGUACAUGCUCGACUAGUGAGUGCUAAGUAGUAACAAGAACUAAUCUUCAACAGAGCUGCAAAGUAGGGUAAGGACUAACUGGAGAGGCCAGGGAAAAGGCCUACUUCAAAGCAUCUGUGCAAAAAACAAACCCUAAUUCCAUGGUGGUGACAUUGCUAGCAUAGGGACCAAGCUGUACACUAUUGCAAAGACAUGUUAUGGACAAAGAAAAAAAACUCAACUUCUCUACUAUACCGCAGCUGAUCAUGUCGUCUUGCCUCACUGGGAAUAAUGAAAACGUAGGAAGUGAUGCUUUUUCCUCAGUGCGACAUUGCCAACAUACUUUCAACCCUACAAUGUUGAACAUGCAAAACCAACAAUGACGCUGGCACAAAAGCAUGCUGUAUGCUUGUUAACCUCGGUCUAGAGAUGCAUCUUUGUUGCUGCACCAAGGUAUCCUGUAUCAGAGCAAUUUAUAUACAACAACCCUACAGCAAGGCAUAUGUGAGAGAUAUUAUAUAUAUAUAUAUAUAUAUAGAUUUUAUACUAACUAUGCAGAAGCUUUCAGCAAACUAGCCUGAGAGUAGUAUACACUGGCCCUCUGUAUGGUAAAUUGUCUACGGGGCUUUUAGAGAUCUCUAGGGAACACUAUGAAAUAUAUAUUUAAACAGCCUGCAAAAACAGCAUAUGGGGAGCAAGUAGCAGGACACUCAAAUUCACAACAAAAUUCAGGCAUGCUUAUAAGAGUUGGUCUGGAUCGUUCCAAGAAAAGCAGCUAAUAUCUACUGAACCCCAGUGAAUUUACAACAGAAAGUCGGGGAGAGUCAAUACUAUUCUGCAAGACGUGCAUGAAAAGGUGAUCUGAAGUAAUACGUGAACCCUCCCCCCCCCAAUAAUGUACUACAAUUGUUACACUGACAUUUAGUAAUUUGCUAGCCAUAGUCCAUAAGAAUAUAUUUAAUUACAUCGGUAGCUGUGUACACUCGUCUACUUCACAAUUCACUGACACUGAAGAUGUGCGACCCACAACAGUUAAUACACAGCACUAGCGACACUUCAAACGGCCACAGGGAACACCUUGAAAUCUUGCAAACUGCUUGGAAACAGGAUUUCAUGCAAGUGGUAGGCACGUAUCUUUACUGGCUGCAGUGAGGUCAGAUGUCUUUACGCUACCUUUAAGCCUAUUGAGUAAUUCAGAAGGUUCUUUAAGGACUAAUCAUCUAUGUUACUACCCAGUAAAAUAAAGUGAAACAGGAACAUCAACCUGCUGGCAAACAUGCCAGAACAUUUCUUUCCUUAGAAGUUUUGUAAAUACUGUUUCCAAGGCAGGUGUGACUUGCGCGAUCCAGCACGUUAAUUACACUUCUCUUAUGGGAGUGGCUGAAAUUCAUCAUGGUUGCCUAGAAGGGGCAGCUAGGUGUGCAAUGACUACCCCCUGCUUCCCUAAUGUGGAAGGCAGAUCCGCUUUGAGGCUAGAACGUGGCACUUGCUUUUAGUCUCUUAAGCACUGAUACAGCAGGGAGUGGAACCCUUGGGGGACAGGGAAAGGUUUCAGGCUGCAGUAGACAGAGCAGGACAGGCCUUUCAGCUGAGUGAAUACGGCUGUAGUCCCUCACUGAGUAGGUUAGAGCGUUGUACGCCUCUGAUUCUAAGCCUGCCGCCACUCAAAUUUCCUUGGGGCUCAAGCCACCUCCCCAAACCUUGAACAGCAGCCCGCUUCCUCGAGGGGGCCAAGAUUGGAAAACAAAGUGGGGUGCUCAGGAGAGCAAUGGUGCCCCUUACUUGUGAAGUUCACACCUGUAGGUCUUAAGCCACAGCCACAUUUUGCUUUGCCUCUCUUCCCCAAGCAAUACUUCAUGGUUGCUGCCCUCCAGGCCAGUGACUACCUGGGGUGUCUAUGUGCAGUUCUAGAGCUGUAUUUGUUUUUUGCAUUGACUACUCUUGCUGUAAGAGACCUUGGAGGAAAUCCAUUGUGUGUUCCAUUUGGGGAAGGGGGAAAAGAGAGAAAAUGCAAUGUAGGCCUCAGGUGCUUACAUUCAUAUUGUAAUAUUUAGCACAUGCACACCACUAGUCAGACAGUUCUAGCAGUCAGACAGAACUUAGUUCUUUACAGUUACAAGGAAACAGGUAAAUAGUUAGAAAAAAUACAGUGUACUGAACAAACAUCAUCUCACAUGUACAAUCAAUUUAAGUAAACAUUUAAAUUGAUUAUCAUUUUGCUAAAAUAUUAACACAAGUAUGUUUUGUGCUGCUAAUUUUUCAGUGUUCCCUCUAAGGAAAAUAUUGCUACAGUUCGACUGUACCCUGUAUGAAAAUAAUUUGAUUAUUUUUUCCAGCAAGACUGAUUUGAUUUUUUCCAGCAAGAGAAGCACGAUGGUCAUGCAAUUAAUUUAGGUGUAUAAUGUACUGGGAUUCCGAUGUUCUUCGUCCUCUUACUGUGAGGAUUUCUCAGGGCUUGCCCGUCAACUGCAACCUUCCCUAAGUUUGCCUGUUACACCUCCCUGCUUCAGGCCGGCAGGAGGCACGUGGCUUAAAGCAGAGAAACAGUCUGUGCUUUGUCCUCAGCUCCUUCACUAUUUGGCAGUGGGACUGACUGAUGCAAAAAUGUGUGCAGGCAUCUGGAGUGUAGGUUGGGUGCAACUUCAUCUCCAAGCAGCCUCAAACAUGACUGAAGCAGAACAGGGAAAAGUUAUAGUUUGGUCAAUGUGAUGUGAAAAACCUGCUGAGUUUAUUAUUCUAGACACUGGCAGCUCAGCUGGCAUCUUUCAGGUGCCAGGACUGCAACUCCCUGGUAAUGAACAUUUUAAUUCUUUCUGAAUCGUCAGGAGUUCAAGAAACUCCGUGGUGUCAGUGACAGAAACUGCUUCUGGCGACGUGUCACUGUUCAUUAACGUGUUGAUUUGCCCUAAGAACAGCUGUUGAAGUGAGCCGCAUUAGUGAUGACAAACUGUUGUUUUACUACAAGAAAAGUGGGGGAAAGUCAUUUUAACUAGUAGCUAAAUCUGAGAUCAGAAAUCAACACACACACACUGUGCAAACAAGAAAUACGCUUUUAAACUGGCUCUUGCUAUAAAAAAAAUUAACCAAGUAAAAUUGAUCCUUGGUACCAAUGGAUAAUCUCAAAUACAGAGCAAUGCUUCCAUCCUGGCAGGAGGAGAAUCAAUGUUUAUCUCAUCCAGAUGUGUCUGCUAUCCUUGUAGAUUGUCCUCAGAGACAAAAUGCAACAAAGCCACCACUACUGGUCAUCUGACUAACCUGGGACUAUAAUCUGGGUCAGGAUAUUUCUGGGGGAGACUGUCUACUGGGUUUUGUAUGUUUUACAUUCAUUCGAGUCAAAUAAGACAAUUUACAGCUGAUCACUAAAAUUCGGGCAUUUGCCCCAUCACAUUUUAUAUGCUCUCCUAUUAAUUGAAGAGAGGGGUCAGGGUUAAUGUUUAUUCUUCGUUUACUGUGCUCACAUGCAAUCAACCUGAAUGGCUUUUCAGUCUUGCUUUAUAACAGCUGAAUGGUUACAUAUUUCUAGUGGCUGCAGU